CGCGAACCGUGAACAAGUGUCCCCGCGUGGCACACGGUUCCGUUCCGUAAAAUUUUGGAGAACAGUUUAGGAAAAAGUUCCGUGUUGUGCUUACUAGUCGUACUUUUUAUAGCGCCCGUGCUGUCCCAUCGUUACGAAGUGUGAAGUCGUUUGCCGUCGACUAAGUGAGAAGAACCGCCGCCGCCAUGGAGGACGAAGCACUGAAAAAAGACGACCAGCAGGAGCGCAAGGACUCGCUCAAGAAGGGCGACCAGCACGACGGCACCAACGGCGGGGAGGCCGGCGGGGACGGUGGUGAGAUCGUGCUGAAGCCGAAAAUGACCCUAGUCAACGGCAUCACGGUAAUCGUCGGCUCCAUUAUCGGUUCCGGCAUUUUCGUCUCGCCGACCGGCGUCCUCAUCAACACCGGCAGCGUCAACAUGUCGCUGAUCGUGUGGAUCUUAUCGGGCCUGUUUUCGAUGGUCGGUGCGUACUGCUACGCCGAACUCGGUACGAUGAUCAAAAAGUCCGGCGCCGACUAUGCGUACAUCAUGGAGACGUUUGGGCCGUUCUUGGCCUUCAUUCGGCUGUGGAUUGAGUGUAUGAUCGUGCGCCCCUGCUCGCAGGCCAUCGUCGCCCUCACCUUCAGCGUCUACGUGCUGAAGCCGUUCUUCCCCGAGUGCCAACCGCCGGAGGAUGCGGCCAGACUGCUUGCCGUCUGUUGCAUCCUGGUACUAACAUUCAUCAACUGCUGGGACGUGAAAUGGGCGACCGCCGUUCAAGACAUCUUCACCUACGCGAAACUGCUCGCCCUGUUCAUCAUCAUCGGGGCCGGUGCAUACUUCCUGUUUCUAGGCAAUACCGAGCACUUCACGUUCGACAACACGAAAACGGAGGUAACAUCGCUGGCACUGUCCUUCUACUCCGGAUUGUUUGCGUACAACGGCUGGAAUUAUUUGAACUUCAUUAUCGAGGAGCUGAAGGAUCCGGUUAAGAAUUUGCCCCGGGCUAUCGCCAUUUCCUGCACAUUGGUGACGGUGGUGUAUGUGUUUACCAAUGUGUCCUUCUACACGGUUCUCUCACCGGAAGAGGUGCUCGGUUCCGAGGCGGUCGCUGUCACUUUCGCCGACCGAGUGUUUGGCAUGUUCGCCUGGACGAUACCGGUGUUUGUCGCGUUAUCGACGUUUGGCGCAGUGAAUGGCAUCUUGCUGACGUCUUCCCGUCUGUUCUAUGCCGGCGCUUGCGAAGGUCAGAUGCCGGAGAUUCUGACCAUGAUCCAGAUCCAGCGUCUCACCCCGACACCGGCCGUACUGAUUAUGGCCCUGCUCUCGAUGCUCUAUCUGACCGUUUCGGACAUUUUUGCGCUGAUCAACUAUGUCGGUUUUGCGACGUGGUUGAGCAUUGGGGCUGCCGUUUUGUGUUUGCCGUGGCUCCGAUGGAAGCAACCCAAUCUGAACCGUCCGAUCAAAGUCAACCUGCUGUUCCCGAUACUGUACCUCAUUGCCACGGUUUUCGUGACCGUUGUGCCAAUGAUUGCCAGUCCCGUCGAGACGGGCUACGGUUGUCUUAUGAUUCUCUCCAGCAUUCCCGUCUACUUCCUGUUCAUCGCCUGGAAAAACAAACCGAAGUGGUUCAAUCGCUCGAUGGGUGGAAUUACGCAGAGUUUACAAAAGUUAAUGAUGGUGGUGCGGCCAAAACAGAAAUAGGCGCGAAAAGUGGCUUUAACGAGAUUCCUACAGAAAAUGCUCAUGGUCGUAGGAAAGACCAAAUCUGCUCAGGUUUAAACAUGUAUGCAUCUUGCGAUCGCUGGAAACUGGUCCUUCGAUCCACUCGCCAUAUACACUAACCCGCAUUAUACACGAGAUGACGAACCAGGAUUAAUGUCUUGCGGUUUUUAACUUCAAACGCACCGUGCAUUCCUUUCGUUCUUCCUUGUUGCAAAGGCUGUUGAAUUGUGUUUCUUUUUAAUUGUUUCGUAGAUUAUAGUCAUUUGAUUCAGUGGUGGCUCUGCGUCCAAUGUAAGUGCACCGAAGAGAGUGUAGUGCAAAAUGUCAAGCCUAGGCAUUUUGAGCUGUUGAUGGUUUGCAACAAAUUCUUGUUUUAUUAGUAGUGUGAUUGCGUGACUUUGAACACUGAUUAUGUGAUUCCGUAGCCACAGAAAUAGAGAAAUGUAUUGCCUUUUAUGUUAAUUGGUAACGAUCUUUGGCGUCAUCAUUGUACCACAAAUAACAAGCAACAGCCAUAAGGAAAAACAGUGUUCAGAUCAAGACUACAAUAAGCGGAAAGCGAAAGCAGAAAAGCAGAUCGGUAUUGAUCGACAAUUUUUAAGGAAACUCCCGAUUUGAGGUGCUAGCGUUAUGUCUGAUUUGGUUUACGUUUCAAGCUCUGUUUGUUGUACUAACGAAAAUUACAUAUCAAUGGUUUCAUCGAAUCACUCCAACAGCCUCAAAAGCAGAAGUUCCUGGCUAUUUAUUUGAAUAUCGAUUAUCGGUUUACGGUGGCAAACAAAUUGGUGUGCUUCGUAUAUUCUAAAGGUAUAAGCAAAAAAACAUAUUUAAUAGCAAACUAGGUUUGCGCCGAACGUAUUCAAAUUAUCGGAAAAGACUUGGUCGUUGGAUAUUAGUGCUGAUUUUAACAGAGCUUCCAUACAGUUUGAUUUCAAUCGUAUUAUUGGAAGCACACACGGCCUCCAUGCUAUGGUAUUAGAGUAUAAACAUUAUGACACUAGUUCGUUGCAAUUGAGAAGGUUGGUUCCAGAGCUCGUGAACGCGCCAGAAAAGAGUUUAUUGGCAAGGUAUGCGAAAAUUGAGCUAAAUUGUUGACAAUAAUAUACCUAUUUAACAGAAGAAAGCUAAGCUAAGACGCAGGAAGUGGAAACUGCUCAGAAACUGUAUUACCACAACUUGUCACUAAAUAUCAAUCAUCGUGCUCGAAAAUAGCAAUUAUAUUCAUUGGUGUCAUCUAACCGUACAUGUAUAUAAAACAUGAAAUCGUUAAGCUCUACGCAAGCAAAAAUGCGCAUUGUGCAUUUCAUGCGGUCACAAUAGAAACUAUAGCCAAGAUGCGCAAACGCGAAAAUCAGUGUAUUGUAAAGUAUUGUCAAAUACAAC